AUGAACAUUAUAGAAACGCUGUUCGGGCGGACAGUCACCCCCGCAGAGCGCCUUCGCCAGCACCAGCGCGCUCUGGCGAAGGCGCAGCGGGAGCUCGAUCGCGAACGCAGCAAGCUCGAGCAGCAGGAGAAGAAGCUCGUCAUGGAUAUCAAGAAGAGCGCAAAGGCGGGACAAAUGAACGCGUGCAAGGUGAUGGCCAAGGACCUCGUCCGGACGCGGCGCUACGUCCAGAAGUUCUACCAGAUGCGAACGCAGUUGCAGGCUGUCGGACUGCGGAUACAGACAUUGCGGAGUAAUCAACAGAUGGCGGAGGCGAUGCGAGGAGCGACACGGGCAAUGGCAUCCAUGAACCGCGGUCUCAACCUACCGGCAAUCCAACGGAUAAUGAACGAGUUCGAGAAGGAGAGCUCGAUGAUGGACAUGAAGGAGGAGAUGAUGUCGGAUGCGGUAGACGAUGUCAUGGAGGACGACCUCGAGGAUGAGGAGGAAGAGGGCGAUAAGAUCCUCAAGGAGGUCCUGGACGAGAUCGGCGUGUCUUUGUCUCACCAGCUCACGGAUGCACCAACCAGCCUGGCGACGCAGUCAUCAAUUGCCGAGCGACAACCUGUAGCUCUAGGAGACGGAGGAGGAUCAAAUACCGCUGCUGGCGGCGCUAAGACGGGUGGUGACGCAGGCGGAGGUCUCUCAGACGAAGAUGCCCUACAAGCUAGGUUGGACGCCUUACGUAGAGGCUGA